UUCUUUAUAUAUAGAUAUACAGUACAAAUCUAAACUAAGAAUUAUCAUCGUUGGAAAAGAAUGGAGGAUGACAAACAUUUUAAUCCUAAGACAAUAAUUAUAUCAGAGGAUAUGGUUGAAGAGAUCUUUCACCAUCUUCCAUUAAAAUCACUGGCUAGAUUCAAAGUCUUGUCAAAAAAAUGGAGAUCGAUGAUCGAAUCAACCUACUUUUCCCACAAAAGACUCGUUCGUACAGGAUUACCAACCCCUAAUAUGAAAUUUAUGUAUGUUAGUCGACAUUUUUCAGCAAAUUUUGUUGAAGAAGAUUCAAACUCAACAACUUUGCUUUUGGAGACUUUUUCUAGAGAUGAUCACAACAACAACAGAAAAAACAGUCCUUCCUCUUCUAGUCACUAUACUUUUCCUGAUGAUCCAGUCGACAAAUCUCAAAACAAAACUAUUCAAGUUGUGGGGUCUUGUGAUGGAUUGGUCUUGAUUAGGAUCUACGACGAUUUUAGGUACAUUUACUUGAUCAAUCCGACGACUGAAGAACGCUUGACGUUUCAUCCCGAAUUUACGCAAUGGCCAUUAACUUUUAGAUUCAAAUCUACCGCAAUGGUCGAUAGACCAUGGAGACAAGUUACUCAAGGAGUCUUGCAUUAUCCACCAGAUGCUGAAUUAGUGAAGAUAAUGCCGUUUCUUGCUGGAUUUGGCAAAGAUAUUGUUACAAAAUCAUAUAAGGUGGUUUUGAUGUAUACAAGAAAAGGAAAUCAUGAUCCUUGUUUCAAGGUGAAGGUCCUAUCCCUUGAUAAUGGUGAGCAAAGAGACGUAUGUUUUUAUAGAAUGAGCAUGUUUAUAUUCUGCGAAGAGCAAACAUCAGUCUACGCAAACGGAUCAGUCUUUUGGUUGACAUUAUGUAACUCUAGGAAAACAGCUUUAAAGCUACUAGCUAUCGAUCUUCACACUGAAGAAUUUCGAUGGAUAAUAUUACCUAAGUGUUACAUUAGAUAUGAUUCUAGUAUAGAAAUGUGGAAUCUGAAUGACCGAUUGUGCCUAUCGGAUGUGCUAGAAUGUUCAAAUUUGGUGGUUUGGAGUUUACAACAAGAAUAUCCUACCGAGAAAUGGGAGAAAAUAUAUUCUAUUGGAUUUAUAAAAACCAACCAGUUACAUGAAAAGUUUUGGAUGCUUGGUCUAGCUGCUGCCUAUUUUCCAUGUAUUGGAAAUCAUCGAGAUCAAGUUUCUUUUUUUAGACAAAGAACGGUUUCGUAUUCGCCAACAAUGAUUUGUCCUUCAAGUUUGAUGCUCUGAUGUUGUUUCUACCUUCAGUUGGUUAAAUCAGAACUAUUAAGUUAUUAACAAUAUUAUAUAUAAUUUCAAAAGAAUGUUCUA